UCGCAAACAUAUUGUUAUCGAUAACAAUUUACCCAUCUGGCUCUCUCUGCCAGCCUUGUGUGCCCGUGUUGUGUGUUUUUUGAUUUUUCUGGUUUUUGUUAAUUUUAAUUUCGUGAACGAAGUGACGAUAAACGUUACGAGUGUCUUGAAACUAAACGUGAAUGCUGCAAGCUUCGACGUCGUCCUGGAAUAACGCAUAAACAGCACAGCAGGAGCAGCAGCAGCCGCCAAUAUGAGCAUACCCAACGAAUAUAUUGCAAAAACGGAAGAUGUGGCCGAACAGGUUAUCAAGCGCGGCAAAUAUGUGCUACCAACUGUUGCACGGCUAUGUCUCAUUGCCACUUUCUUCGAGGAUGGCCUGCGCAUGUAUUUCCAAUGGAACGAACAGCGUGAAUACAUGGACAUGAGCUGGGGCUGCGGCAAGUUUCUGGCCACCGUUUUUGUGCUCACCAAUCUGUUUGGGCAACUGGGCGGCUGUGGUAUGGUAAUGGCUAGAUUCAAGGUGGACAUUGCGGUCGGUCUGCUAUUUUUCAUUGUGGUGCUACAGACAAUAGCCUACUCCAUACUGUGGGACUUUCAGUUCUUGCUACGAAACUUUGCUCUGAUCGGUGCUCUGCUGCUGGUGCUUGCCGAGGCCCGGAUCGAGGGACGCAGCUUAUUUGCGGGCGUGCCAUCUCUGGGCGACAACAAACCCAAGAACUUUAUGCAGUUGGCCGGCCGUAUACUGUUGGCAUUCAUGUUCAUCACGCUCAUCCGUUUCGAGUUAAGCGUGUGGAAUAUUAUUCAGGAUAUUAUUGGAUCCACCUUGAUGGUACUCGUUGUGCUUGGCUACAAGACAAAGCUGUCAGCGUUAAUUCUGGUGGCGCUGCUUACUGCCCUCAAUUUGUAUCACAAUGCCUGGUGGACUAUUCCGUCGUACAAACCGCUCAGGGAUUUCUUGAAAUAUGACUUCUUCCAGACACUGUCCGUCAUCGGUGGCUUGCUCAUGAUUGUAUCCUUGGGCCCCGGUGGCGUAUCCAUGGAUGAGCACAAGAAGAAGUGGUAGAGCGUCUAGAAAUUCGCUGAAAAGUAAACAAACAAAAACUUGACUUUUAUUGCGAUUAACUCUUAAUGAGAACAUUUAGUUAGAAUUACCAUAAAAUGGAACAACAGGAGGAGAACAGCACAACAACACAUAAACAGAAAACAAAAUAUGAGAUAAUAAACUUGACUUCAUUGAUAAAUUCAAAAGGGACUUCCGCAAUAUCCAGGCUUUACCUUUACGGCCCACCAAUAAACAUUCGCGCACGUUCAACGACAAACUAUUCGUAUACAUAUAAGACAUUUCGUUUUGUACAUAAAAUACGGCGAUUUUAUGCCCCAAAUGAGAGACAUUAACUGAUUUUAUAUUCAUUAUAUUCUGUCCACGCAUAUAUUUUGCAGUCUUUUUUAUUUUUACCUUGUACGCCCUCAAUUUAUAAGUUGUAAUAUUUUUUGUGUUUGCGUUUGUUGUUUGAUAAGAAGUUCGGAUUAUGAUAAUGGUGUAUAAAAUAUGAUGAUGAUUGUACCAAUUGACGAUGAUUUGUUUCUUUCGUUUAUAAGCAAAAGUGUACUAGAAUUAAAUUGUAACGUUUUAAUAAACAACUAAAAUUACAUAUUGA